AAGGAGGGGAUGCAGAGGAAAUACCGCCUGGGAGACGGGUUGUUGACUACCACGGACUUUGAAGCGAUGAACAAAGAGGAUUUUACGACUAUAGGGGCCUUUGUUCAAGAAUUUAAGAAGAGGGCGCGGAAGGUCCAUGGGAUUUCGGAGGAAGCACAGUGCGCCAUCUUCCUAGGGCUACUCACAGCAUCGGAGGCCGUCGAAUUGACGAGACAUGGAGGAGGUAGCACUAAGCUCACCUGGGCCACCAUUGACAGAGGGGUGGAAGUUGGGUGUUUGGACCAGGUCGAACAACGUCAGGUACGCCUGCAAAGACAAAAAAGAAAGGAAAGAGAUGCGACCGCUUCUGGGACCCCAGGAGUAACAAGGAUUGUUACAGACGUAUUGGCACAGCUAGGGUAUGCGACAGAGCCGGUGGUGCAAAGGAGGGUGGUGACGGCUGUUAAAGUAAAAGGAAAAGAGUCAGUGAUAGAGGAGGCUGGUCAGGAGGAGCUCUGGAAAGAGGAAGAGCCCGUGCCGCAGCACCUGACGAAGGUCCAGCGCAAAGUGCGUAAUUUGGCGCAGGGCGGACAGAGAUCAGGAAAAGCGCAGGCGCAUCAGGCCCAGGUAGCAGCCCCUUUAAAUGUGGCGGCUCCAUCACCUACUACGGGCCCCUCGCAAGGUGGGGCGCCCUCCUACGGACAGUGGCCCUGGCCGGUGAUCAACGCAAUUGUGCCAUGGGGAAGCACGCCGCCAGUAGCCGGACCACAAACGAGUAUGCCACCACCCAUCUACCCCGCGGCCCAGGCCCAACCUGUGGCCCCGCCACCGUCACCUGAUCCCAGUUCACAGGGCAGUGUUGUAGGAGGUGGGAACCAGGGGCAGGGCAAUCAAGGCAGUGAAGGGAGGGGUGGAGAAAAGGGGCGAGGCAGGAAUGGCGGCGGAAGAGGAAGGCAAUGGAAUGGCCAGGACCAGGGGUACCAAGGCCAAGGGAGUCAAGGCCAGGGGUACCAAGGCCAGGGCUAUCAAGGCCGAGGGGAUCAGGGAAGUCAGGGGUAUGGAAGACCCCGCUUUGACUGGAGGACGGCCAUCUGUCAACAUUGUGACCAGCAUGACCACACUAUAAGGUUCUAUAAUAUAAGACAGGAAGACGAGAUAAGCGGACUGAUUUCCUUUACUAUGGAUGGGAAUAUCUACGAUCAGUUUGGGGAGGCCAUUGACAGAAGGCUUGGAAGAGAAGGGGAAGCGGUGGAGAAUACGCCCCCAGUUGAUGGAUUUCUGGAUCAGGAAGAAGAUAUUCGUCUCCAUAUCAAUAAGUGGUCGCCGCAAGUGCCCAGCUGUGUAGGCUAUCCUAUUUGGCAAGCGCCGAGCGGAUAUGAAAGGAGGACCGAGGUGGUCCUCAAACCCUUUAAAGAAGAGGAUCCCUGGGGCGGUAAGGAUGUUCAGUGGAUGAUGGAAUUAGCGCUGGCUAGCUCGCAUAGCCUGGUGGAGGAUAUGAGGACGAUUGAGGAAGGACCUGGCCAGGUAGAACGGCAUGAGGACCUGAUGGGAGGAAUGUAUCUCCUCGUCAAUACGUUAUUGCAGGAAAGCCUAGACCAGUCAGGCUCGUUGAACCCGGCAGGGAAUGUGGACGAAAUACCCGAGAGCCAGGACGACGAGUUCGAAGAAGGGGAAAUUAAGRAAGCUUUUCGUGCAGAGGAGUACGACGGGAUCUACCUAGAGUUGGGGCUUCUUCUGUCAUGUGAAAUGCGGCUAAGARAUGCGAGCGAUAGGGCUCAAAGGAUGCUGCAGCGCUACUCAGUGCGAGACAGUCACCUUUUCGUAAGAAGGGAAGUGGGGAAUCCCAGGAAAGUCGUCUGCGGUAGGAAUCGUCAGAUCGACGUCGUAGCAGCGCUUCACGAUGGUAUUGCAGGAGGACAUCGAGGGGUACAAGCCACGUCUGACUUUACGAAGACAGCCAUGCCAAGAGGAGGGAAGGGGACACGGCCGCCUCAGAGGCCGUUGGGCGCAUCAGGAGGAUAUGAGCGGCAUGGGCCUCGCCAUCGAGAGAGUACUCCAGUCUACAAUGAUGGGGACAUCGAGCUAUUCCUGGACAGUUUCUGGGAGCAUGCGAGGCGUAUAGGCUGGACCGUCGCUCAGGCGAUUGAGAGAUUGAGGGGAGCAGGUAGGUUCGAAGAGCCCAUUGCCAGGAUUCGUAGGGAGGCGACGACGAGGCAGGAGGUGGAGAUAAGGAUGGAGGAGUUACAACCCUCGCCUGUGGGACCUGAUGGCAGGUCGAUCCGCCUGGAGAUUGGAAAUGCGUCGGACUUCAUCCCCGCGUUUGAGUGGUUCAUGCAAGAGCAGGGCAUACAGAGAGAUGAUUGGAUGCAGACGCUACCACUCUGGACCAGGAAGGCGGAAAGGUCACUGGUUAUGCAGAUCAGGGACAUGGCACGAGAUUGGGAGAGCUGCAGGGCACAUUUGAGAGAGGCCUUUCGACGGCCAGAGCUCCCUCAGCCCAGAAAGGGAAGGUGUCGGACAGACGUAGUUACCUGGCAGUACGUCUGUAAGGAGCAGUGGAUGCAAGGUUCGAGAGUUCGGAGCUGCGCACGGAUGGAAACCGAAAACGGGGAUGCAUCUGCCCACGGGUUGGCAGGAGAUACAUUCCUAUUCUGUAGCGUGUAGGCAGUUCGAAGUUAUAUUCAAGGCCAUCUACUGCUCUUUCGAACGACGGUCUUCAUCUUGUUGAUCGCGGCUUCCCCGGUCCUGGUCCCUGCCCCGGAAAACCCCACCUAAUAGAGGUCCCCGCAUACUAAGGAGGCAAGUCGCCCUGGCCCGAGAAGCAACGGGGGGCGUUUGCAGAUAAAGGAUGGAAUGGCGGGCGAGACAGAACAACAACAAGAAAAGGAGGGGUGGCAGGAACUAAUGAACGGCCGGGGUUACU